ACAAUGGAAGAAAAAGAGCUGCGAGAACGCCAGGGCGGCAUCUGCCCUCAGUGCCACAUAGUUGUGCCCUAUGUGCCCACGCAGUCCGAAGUGCACAGUAUGUUAGCAGAGGCGACUAGAAAGUACUUGAAACUGUUAAAGCAAAACUUUUGGAUGCAGUUUGAGCGGGGUCUUCUGACAGGGUACAGUGUCCGGAAAUUGAUAGAGAUGGCAGAGGAGGCGACUGAUCGGGAUUGUGAAAUGAUUAGAGUAAACGAAAUAAAAGGAAUGUGGAAGGUUCCUCCAAACCUAGCUUACAUUAAACGUAUCAUCACUUCCAACUGCGUCAUGUUCCCACUCAGUGAGGAGAAAAAUGGUUCGGUCUUUUAUCUAACUAUGUGUUUACUCAGCGAAAGCUCAUUCCUUCUGUUUGGGAUCUUCGGAACGGACGCUAUCAUCAUCCUGGCCACUGGGUUAAUUAUGGUGUUCACUGAAAUUUACAAACCUGGAUAUCACACGAUGAUUGCCGUUCACAAUGUCAACUUGAUGAUGUCUAUUUUUUCUACAGCAUACUUUGUCUUUAGGCUGGUCAUGUUUCGCUUGAUUUAUGUGAAAACUGUGUGGUUUUACCUGAACGCCACCUGCCUGAUCUUCGGCUAUAUCGAGCUUAUCUACAUUUUUAGAGACGUCAUCGGCUGGUAUCAGAAUGUCAAAUAUGAUUUCAGCCUCAAUCCAUUGGAAAGUUUCGGUCAAUUAGGGAUAGUGAUGCUUGUAUCGAGAUGUCUUCGGUUGGUACAGCUUUGUGAGUUUGGUGCCCUGGUGACGCUGGACUUGAUCAAACAAAACAUUCGGGACCGUCUUACCAUGGGAUGUGAUCUCGCUAGGGGAUUUGUCCGAGCCAAUGAGGUGGCGGUGCGCAUGGUGGAGGAUAUCUCUGACGAUACCUAUGUCCAGGGCAAAAUCAAGUCCAAGGCGGAACUGGCAACCCUGAGCGUGCUCAGAGAAUUGGGUCUGCUGCAGGGUAUACAUCCAGACGUUGCUCUUGGCGUGAAGACCUGCCAAGCCAUCCGCUCAGUGCUCAAUGCUCUAAGAGAAGGCAUGCAUCACUUGAUUGAGGAAGGGGGCAUUGACGAACCAGAGGGGAUGCUGUUUGUCAAGGUUAUAGAGUCUAAAAUGAAGCGAGUGAUGGCGAAUCCACCUCGGCUGCUGAUUCCCUCUCCGAGGAAGAUCUUGGAGAGCAUUCCAUGGAUUGAUGGAAACCAGAAUGUAGUGGACUUCAUUCUGAAUCUGUCAGAGAGGCGGAGGUAUCACUACGGGGACAAUAUCAUGAAGAUUGGGGACAUUGCUGAUGGGAUACACUUUAUUGUUAGUGGCCUUGUGAAGGUAGAGGUGCCCCUGGACACCGCCAAAACCGACAGUGGGAGCCAAGCUGUUCGUCUGCUGGACUUCCUCUCCACGGGGAAUGUCAUCGGCGAGCGGAGUGUCAUGAUGGAGCAGACGCGGAAAGCGACUUUAUCUUGCGAGACAAUAGUUGAGACCAUCUUCUUGAGUACGGACAAACUGAAAUUAACCAUUGACACGUUUUCAUACUUGGACCCCCCGCUGAAGCAUCGCCUUUGGAGAGUGUGUGCCAUCAAAGUAGCACUUACUAUCCUCACUAACAUGCCAAGCUAUCGCGGAAUGCGACAAGACACCCUCCUGAGCCGACUAGAAGGUGCAGAAUUGGUACACCUGGAGACGACAAACUCCUUUGAUAUCAGCGCCAACAUGGUGGAUGUCAUUCUUAUUGUAGGGAAAGGGAAAGACACGCUGACAAAGGACGUCUAUGCUGGACCCUGUUAUAUUCCCAAGAAUGUUAUGGAACUGUCGUUUACACCGGAGCAAGUCCCCUCGCCAUUGAUCUUGUACACGGAGAAAUCCGCAGGUACCGCAUCGACAGGUGCCAGGUUAAGCUUGUGCAUCCCUGAACAGAAGAGCCUUCUUGCCGAGGUCAGCAAAACGAAACUGGGCAGCCUGCAGAAACUCAACUUCUGA